AUGAAACGAAUUAGAGCCUCUAAUUUAGAGGAUUGGCAGUCUCCGGAAAUUCAACGACUUCCGUCGAAAUUGAAAUCAUCAAAUCAAGUUGAUCCCGUCAAUUAUUUGGGGACCAAUUCCUUUUCUGGGUUAAAGCCUCUACGAAUUCAAUUUAUGAAAAGGAAAUUGGAAGGGACUUCGGUUUCUUUGAAGGCCGUUGGGAGAAUUCAUUACCAGAGUGUCAUAACGAUAUGUCUACAGAGGCAGCUGCAGCUGUUGCUAAAAUACCAAUAUGCAUUGGCUUGCACAGGUGCACCAUGUUUCUGA